AUGUCGCUCACAACAGCACAGAGGGCGCUCGUCCCUACCGUACGGGCGAGCUUGUCAACCUCGACCCGCAGCUCCCGAACUCUCCCAUUCGCCGCCCUCGCAUUAUCCAACAUCGCCGCAUCAAGAAGAGCAUUCAACACCACACAACGUAAUGCCCUCCCCAGCGGCAUGGGCGGGGGUCUCAUACCGCCGACCUACUUCCAGAAGCCGGCGUCGCUGCCCAUGAACACGGUGGUCCGGUUCGUGCCGCAACAGACGGCGUGGAUCGUCGAGCGCAUGGGCAAGUUCAACCGCAUCCUACAGCCGGGCCUCGCCAUUCUGAUCCCCUUCCUCGACCGCAUCGCCUACGUCAAGUCGCUCAAGGAGGUCGCCAUCGAGAUCCCCUCGCAGAGCGCCAUCACCGCCGACAACGUCACCCUCGAGCUCGACGGCGUGCUCUACACCCGGGUCUUUGACGCGUACAAGGCCAGCUACGGCGUCGAAGACGCCGAAUACGCCAUCUCGCAGCUCGCCCAAACCACCAUGCGCUCCGAAAUCGGCCAGCUCACCCUCGACCACGUGCUCAAGGAGCGCGCCGCCCUCAACACUAACAUCACGCAAGCCAUCAACGAGGCCGCGCAAGCGUGGGGGGUCACCUGCCUGCGCUACGAGAUCCGUGACAUCCACGCGCCCAAGCCCGUCGUCGACGCCAUGCACCGCCAGGUGACGGCGGAGCGGUCCAAGCGCGCCGAGAUCCUGGACUCGGAGGGCCAGCGCCAGAGCGCCAUCAAUAUUGCCGAGGGGCAGAAGCAGAGUGCUAUUUUGGCGAGUGAGGCUGUGGGGGAUGCUCAGGCGAAGACUAUGGCGAGGGAUGCGCUGGCUAAGAGCGGUGUUAUUGAGGCCCAGGAGACGGGGAAUGCCCCGCCGGCGCCGGAGCAGACGGCUGCUUAG